AUGGGGGUAGUCCAAAUGCCAGCAAUCGAAGACUACUGGGCCAUAGAAACGAGAUAUAGUAUUAUUGCCGAUGUUAUGCCUGUAAAGCGCUUCAACAAAUUGCGAAGACGCAUACACUUUCAGGAUAACAAUACUGAUCCGCAAGGAGAUAGAUUAUUCAAAAUUCGCCCCCUUUUAGAAAAACUGCGACAAGAAUGUAUAGCUAUCGAAGAGGAAGGUUUGUUUUCUAUAGAUGAAAUGAUGAUUGCUUACAAAGGCAAGAAAGCUGGAAGUUUGCGCCAAUAUAUGCCUAAAAAGCCAAAGAAGUAGGGGUUCAAGAUGUUCGUUCGAGCAGGCGUGUCAAGGA